AACACAAAACUCCUCUGACUGCCUAGACGCCGCAGAGUUUGUAUCCGCCGCAGGGCUGCAUGUAGCGGGAGCAUCAGCUGGAGAAACGUACCCCCGGACAACCGACCCAACUCUUCUCCGUAUACGGAUCCGACAUCAAUACAUCGGGGGCGAUAGAAGCCAUGGCUGAACACAUGAUGAUGCCCAUGACCCACGGCUUCCGGAUGGGCAUGAACGGACCUCAGCAGCACAACGGCCAGCCCGGCAUGCGCACUCCGCCCAACGGCCAAGUGAUGCACUACGGCCGGAACCCUCAGAGCAGCAUGGAGGCCGCCAUGAGGCAGCGGCAGAGCAUGGUGGGGCCCGGCGGGAUGGCCGGCCCCUUGACCGGAGCUCCCAUGGCCAACCACCACCAGAUGAUGUCUGGGAACAUGAUGUACAACGGCCAGGGUCCGCAGCAGCAGCAGCACCAUCACAUGCACCCCCAGCAGCAGCAGCAGCAACAACAACAACAACAACAACAACAGCAGCAGCAGCAGCAGCAGGUCGGACACCCGCAGCAGUACAUCCCCGGUAACCUCACCUCCCAGCAGCUCAUGGCCAGCAUGCACCUGCAGAAACUCAACACUCAGUACCAUGGACACCCGCUGGUCUCGGCCAACGGCCACCACAUGCCCAACGGCGGCGCUCAGUACCGGGUGGGUCCGGCCCAGCUGUCGGGCACGCAGCACAUCGGCGGCCCUCUGGGCCAAAACCCCAUGGACAUGGAUCUGAUCGACGAGGAGGUUCUGACCUCGCUGGUGCUGGAGUUUGGGUUGGAUCGCGUUCAGGAGCUGCCCGAGCUCUUCCUGGGACAGAACGAGUUCGACUUCAUCUCGGACUUUGUGUGCAAACAGCAGCCGAGCACGGUGAGCUGUUGAAGAGAAGCGUCCGGGAAGAGCUGGUCGGGUUUAGUCUUGGACUGGACACCCCCCCCCCCCCCCCCCCCCCAAAGAAUGACUGAGCGGUCACAGUAGCACAGCGAGAGGAGACAAUCUCCCUGUUCUGGUUCUGGGUGUUUCUUGUGUAUUUGACAUUGGACUCGUGCGCCUUCACCACUGACCCCCCUCCUCCCUCCUCCUCCUCCUCCCCCCGCCUGCGAGUCGAUGAAGAAUUGUAAAGAGAGAAAACGCAGCGAACGCAGCGGGGUUCUUUUCUUUGAGCCGGUGCCAGAAAGAUCCGUCGUCUUUUGGCCCAAUUGAGGCGUCCUGAUGCAGCGGGCUCCGUCGGUACCCAUCUGGCCCUCGGCACAUGUGGCUGCGUUGCCAGGGCUUUGGGAUCAUUGUAAACUUAACAAAACACAACGGGGAAGGGGGGGGGGGGGAGACACACACACACACACACACACCGAAAAGACGAUAUCCGUCUGGGUCCGCUAGAUUCGGUGGCAUCACUUUUAAUGCAUUUGAUCUCUCUCUUAGUGACACCUUCAAAAAAAAAGUAGCAGACAUUUUACAAAUUUAUAAAAGCUAGUCCUCUGAAUUUGUUUAUAUAAUGAUGACGGGAUUAAGAGCAGAUUUCUUUUUUUUCUUCCUGACAUGCAUAUUGAAGGCUGGCUCUUCAAAAAGAAGUACGCGUUUCCUCGACGGGCGAGAAGCGGAGGUUGUGCAGCAUUCCUGGGUGACGGGAAGCAGAUUAUCUCGGAUUUGUUUGGGGGCGAAUUGUGCCACAUUGAUUCUUUUAGCUUUCAGUGUCAUUCACCUGACUCCGAUUUAAUCUGCGAUCAUUAAAUGUAUCGCAUCUGUUCCCCGCUAAUUAACUGCGAUCGAAUCAUCGGCAAAGUAGCGCAUCGCUUCGAGUGUCUGCUUCGACAAAGCAUUUAUCUUUAGAAAAGCGUUCCGCUCAAAGACAUAUAAAUGCUCGUGGCAAGCAACGUUUUGGGUUUACCGCUUCGUAGAAUCGCAUGUCGGGGAGGAAGAGACGUGUCGGUCGCAGAGGUGGGAUUCUUUUUCUUUUGUUCUAAAACAGGAUUGGUUUUUUUUUUUUAAAGGAAAAAAAAGAGCGGGAUUGCAGAAUUUGCAUCUGCGUGUUGUUUGUGUACGUCUGUGUGUGCGUGUGUGGUCGGUGCAGCGAGGCAUUUAAAAACCCAUUGAAUGGCGUCCUCCUCUCUAAACACAUGUCCCUGUGUGGGGGGGGGGGGGAGAGGGGAGAGAGAGAUAUUCUGAUGAGUGGACACAAAGUGUGGACACUGCACUCCCCGGCAGCACUUAGUUUAAUCAUUAUUUAAAUCCGCUACCUGUGGCAUUGAUUUCAUUCGGCGGGAGGAGCGGCCGGGGAACGCGGAGCGUGCAAAGUUGUUGUUUUUUUGCCAUAGAUUAGCUUACGCUGCUGCUUUUCUACUGAUUACAUAUAAAUUACAUGUUCUCACACGCUUGUCUUAAUUGAGGUCGGCUUGCACAUUCUCCAAUGACUCAAUAAUUUAAAAAAAAAAGGAACAUAUUCUGUGGCGUUUUUUUUUUUUUUUUUUUUGCGCAGUUGGUUAAUUAGGUUUUUGUCAAGGUUGCUGCUCCGCGCGCUGCAGGCGGGUGUGAGAGAGAGAGAGAGAGCGAGAGAGAGAACUUCCUGCACUCGUAAUGCUAUUUGUGGAGCUGUCGGAGGGGUCAGCGCUGCGCUGGUGCACUGUGUUAAUCUGUUCCAAUACGACUGCGCCGCUGUCCCCGUCUCUCUCUGGAGAUCUGCCAUCUCCCGAGCGCUCGAGUCAAACAAUGGGUAUUGAAACGCGGUCGUAAAAAAAAAAAAAAAAAAAAAAGGCAGAGAAGCGCCAAGCGAGUUCACGCACUGUUUCACUUUCUGCCUGACAACAUUUUGGCCAGACCGACUUUUACAAGCUCACGGUUGGAAAUGGAAAAAAAAUAAUUCUUUCUGGCCUUUUCUAUAGCGAGACAGUGGCCUCUUGAUUUCUGCUCUAUCGGGAAGCGCAGCCUUCUCGUGUAUUGUAUCUUUGGACUGUAGACUAGAGGUGAAGUGGAUCUAGACACAUUUAAGGUACUUUAAAUAAAAAAAACUAAAAAAAACUUUGUCCGAUGUACAUGUAAAAUCAGUGGCUGAUUUUUUUUUUCAUUUGUAUGUGUUGACAAGAGAUUAUACCCUACAUUUUUACAAAUGAGUGUGUAGAUAUAGUAUGAGAAUACCAAUGUUUUUGUUGGGGUGCAGGGCCUGAAGCUUUAAGACCAAGUACACUGCAUGUUAAAGCGAGCGUGAGGGAUGCCACCCCUUUCAUACAAAGCAGCUGAGAAUGUACAGUACAACACAUUGUGGGAACUUGUCUUAAGAUGGUAGAUAAACGUGUGAGAUUGUACUCCUUGUUCCAAAUUACACAUCAUUCAUUUUUGGGGUAAAGACCCCUCCCCCCACCUCCUCUCCCCAACUCCCCAACUCCCCCACCCCCCACCCCCUCUCCCACUUCCCCCAAAGCUUUUGUAAUGUUCUUGAUUCUAUUUUAAGAAAAUGUAUUUAUUUUCAAAUAAAAUAUUUAUUUAAAGAAAUGUU